CGCGUAAACCAUGUCUGUGCUUCUCGAAACGUCGCUUGGUGACAUUACUAUUGAUCUUCUGGUGGACGACGCGCCGAAAUGCUGUGAGAACUUUCUGAAGCUAUGCAAAUUGAAGUACUACAACUUCUCGCCUGUGCAUAGCGUCCAGCCCAACUUCUCAUUCCAGACCGGUGACCCCAUUGGCCCGGGGUCGAGGGACAGCGAUGGCGGCAGCUCAGUUUGGGGCUUGCUUGAUCCCUCAAGCUCAGGCAACAAAAACUUUGCGCCAGAGUUCAAGCACAAGCUGAGGCAUGCUGAGAUGGGCACGGUCAGCAUGGCCACAGCACCAAACCCAGACAACCCAGACGAACGAUUCGCCGGCAGCCAGUUCAUUAUCACACUCGGCCCAAACAUCGAUUUCCUCGACGGCAAGGCCGCCAUAUUUGGCACAGUUGUCGAGGGCUUCGAUGCUCUUGAGAAGAUCAACACGGCAUAUGUUGACGACAAGGGCCAGCCUCUCAAAGAUAUUCGCAUACUGCACACGGUUGUGUUGGACGACCCCUACGACGACCCUGCUGGCCUUGUAGAACCACCAGAGAGCCCAGUCCCGUCCGCCGCGCAACUCGCGACAGUCCGUGUAGCCUACGAUGAGAACCUUGAGGAGGAGAUGGACCCAGAAGCGCUGGAAAAGGUCCGAAGGGAACGAGAAGCGCGUGCCCAAGCCCUGACGCUUGAGAUGGUUGGCGACCUGCCGUUUGCCGAAGUUGCACCGCCCGAGAAUGUGCUAUUCGUGUGCAAACUCAAUCCUGUUACACAAGACGAAGACCUUGAGCUCAUCUUCUCACGAUUCGGCAAGAUCGUAAGCUGCGAAGUCAUCCGCGAUAAGCGCACCGGCGACAGCCUGCAGUACGCCUUCAUCGAGUACUCGAACCAAAAGGAGUGCGAACAAGCCUACUUCAAGAUGGACGGCGUAUUGAUAGACGACCACCGCAUUCACGUCGACUUCUCUCAGAGUGUCUCCAAGAUCGCCGAUGACUGGCGCGACGUGACCAACCAAAAGCGAAGACGCGCAGCAGGCGGCUUCGGCGGUAUCGACAACCUCGAAAAGAAGACACAAUACCGCCAGCGAGGUGGACGCGAACUCGUCUCAGACUCGGUCGUCAACAACCUCGUAGUCGACCGCGACCCUGCCCCAGACCCCAAGCCCCGCGAUGACAGAGACCGCCGACGCGACGGCGCACAACGCCGCGAGCGCAGAGACGAAUACCACGACGACCGCCACAAGCGCAACCGCAGUCGCAGCCGCAGCCGCAGCCCCCAGCGCUCCCACCGCGACCGCAGCGACGGCCGCUACGAACCCUCGCAGCGCUCCCGCACGCGCAGCCCGCGCCGCCGCGACGAUCCACGCCCGCGCAGCCGCGACCGCUACCGGCGGGACGACAGAGACCGACGGCGUUAGCCCCUCCCAUUUCCUUGUCUAAGCCAGCACUGUACCAACUAGCACUGUACCAUACUGCCCCGCGUGGGCCCAAAGAAAGACAUCGUCUACAAUCCCCCUUCCGCCGCCACCAGGCGCACAACCCUGCCCGACCGUGACACAAAACCCGCAACCCCUGCGCCCGCGCCCGCUACCUCGUGCAAACACCACGCCCUCCCCGCUGCUGCGGGCCCGCCUACCUU